AUGCUGGCUACGGACUUUGAUGUUCAAUUGGGUGAACUCACUCGCCUUAAAAAUGAAGUUUUCAAUGAUAUAGAAGAUAUCAAGGCAUUAUCUAAAGAGGCCGACGAGGCUGAAUCCAUUGAAACAAAGAGAGGCACACUCACCAAACGUGCUCAUUACUCGAUCAACCAAAUGAAUGAUGUCUUGAGUGUUCUUGAGCUCUUGAUUCUUCAAUUUGCACCCAGAACCGCUGACCAGGAUCUACUUUGGGAGAAGUUAGCUCUCCACAAACUCACGGUUCGUAACUUGAAAGAGAAGCUCAGAAACAGCCAACUAGAAGCCUACGAACAGGAAAGUGAACGUGUUCACAGUCAAAUCGUUGAAGAAUACGUGAGCAAAUGGAAAGACUCUAACUUGGAUUCCAGGGAGCAAUUGUUUGCUGGGAGAUCAACACCGCUGGAAGAUAAAGAAGACAGGCCGAUUGAAGAUCAAGUUCUCACGCAGAAUAAAAAUAUCACUAAUAGCUUGAAGCUAACUAAGCAACUCAUGACCAUGUCUGUGAUGCAGACGGAGCUCAAUACGGAAACUCUCGAGCAGCAAACGAGAGAUCUCAGCAAGGUGAACGAUAAGCUUGUGGACCUAGAAUCCUUGUUGAACAAGUCUAGGCAGAUAGUCAAAUUUAUCGAGAAACAAGAUAAGAAAGACAAGAGACGUAUUUAUUUCAGCAUUGGGUUCUUGCUACUAUGUCUUGCUUGGGUGAUAUGGCAUAGAAUCUUGAAGUUACCUGUCAAGGUUCUUACUUGGUCGUUACUCAAGGUACUCGGCGUUGUUUCUUGGUUUACGGCGAAGAAGGAGGCUCCAAUAAUGGUAGACUCCUAUCAGUCGCCAGCUUUCCAAGAGACAACCGCAAUACUGUCAUCUGUGUCUUCUGCGGUUCAUCGAGCCAAAGACGUAGUUUCGUCAGAGGUUGAACUGAUAUCCAGUUCCAUACUUGACCCAAUUCUUUCCGAAUCGACCGAGUCUCCCAGAAGCGAAGUGGAAGAAUCUCUGGAUUUGUCUCACGCCGCUGAAACCCUUGGUAAAAUAGAUCAUAACGAGGAAGAGACGAGCAUUGCACAUGGCAUCGAGACAGACACGAUAUCCACCCAAAUACCUUCUCCAAGUCUGGGUAGCACGUCUAUAUUAACAGAGGAAGAAGCUGAAGGAACUAACGAAAUUGAAGAAGCGAAAGAAACUGUGCCUCUCAAGUCUACAGAGGCCAUUGAUUCACCCGUGUCUGUUGAACCCAUUGAGUCAGCCGAGUUUCAGCAAGCUGAACCAGAACCAGUUGAACCAGUUGACCCACGCGAAUCAGCAGAGUUUGAGCCAGUUGACCCAGUUCAGCAAGUGGAGCCAAUUGAACCAGCUGAGCUGGUGUUGGAUUCCACUUUGGUCAAUACUAAGACAGGCGAAGGAAGCGAGAAAACUGACCUGGUCGAGCUUGAAAAGCUGAAGGAAGCACCUAGAGAUGUAUCAGCGGGCCACGAAGAGGUCACAACAGUGAAAGAAGAGGCAGUUACUGUGCCAGCCGAAGAGGGCACUGAACUGUUGAAUCUAGAUGAAGAAGAUUGGGCUAAACUAGGUUUCAAAGAGUGGAGCGCACACGAGCAUGCUCAUGAUGAACUAUAA